AUGUAUAAUUUCUUUGAGAAAGGCUUUUUUCCUACAAAUCCACACGUUGCCCUGCCACAGCAACCGUGACGUCAUCGUGCCGAACCAAUGGGUGAUCUCGCAGGAAUGACGUACGUUGCUAUCGCGAGGAUAUCACAUUAGCUUGGCUCAUUAGCAGGCCACCGAAAGAUUCAUCGCGGUCUCUGUUGUAAUUUACAAAUGUUCUCCUCUCGGAGAAAGCACUCGGGCUAAGUGUCAUCACUUGAUACCUCUCCGCGUCAACAAGAAAGGAAAUAAACACCGGAGCUCGCGUUGGACGGCUUCCAAUGAUGAGUUAUGCUGAAAAGCCUGAAGACAUCACAAAAGACGAGUGGAUGGACAAAUUGAACAACGUGCACAUUCAGAGAGCGGAUAUGAACCGGCUCAUUAUGAACUACCUGGUGACCGAGGGAUUCAAAGAGGCGGCAGAGAAGUUCCGGAUGGAGUCUGGUAUCGAGCCCACUGUGGACUUGGACUCUCUGGAUGAAAGGAUAAAGAUCCGAGAGAUGAUACUGAAGGGACAGAUCCAGGAAGCCAUCGCACUCAUCAACAGUCUGCACCCUGAGCUGCUGGACACCAACCGAUACUUGUAUUUUCAUUUGCAGGCCAUACGUGAUCCAGCCUUGUUUCAUCACUUGUGUGUCAUUCCCCUGGCACAGCAGCAACAUUUGAUCGAGCUCAUCCGGCUAAGGGAGACGGAGUUGGCACUGGAGUUUGCCCAGACGCAGCUGGCCGAGCAGGGGGAGGAGAGCCGCGAGUGUCUUACGGAGAUGGAGAGAACGCUUGCCCUGUUGGCCUUCGACAACCCCGAGGAGUCGCCCUUUGGAGACCUACUCAACAUGAUGCAACGGCAGAAGGUGUGGAGUGAGGUGAACCAAGCUGUGCUGGACCAUGAAAACAGGGAGUCCACUCCCAAAUUGGCCAAACUCCUCAAGUUACUGCUCUGGGCGCAGAACGAGCUGGACCAGAAAAAAGUGAAAUACCCGAAAAUGACUGACUUGAGUACGGGAACCAUCGAGGACCCCAAGUGAGCCCAACCACCAGACUUUGUCGGCCCCCUUAAUUUAUGAUCAACUGCGCGGCUGUUGCAGCUGGAUAGUGUGCUAAACUAGAUUUUGCUGAGUUUUUUUUUUUCGGCUGAAUUUGGUCAUCGUGACUAUGUUGCAUUCAAACAGCACCAUCUAAGUUACCAUGGCGCUAUACAUACCCGGUAGGUGCCUUGAGAUAAGAGUGACCCAGUUUUUCAACAUACAAGCAGUCAUUUGGCCAAUUUUUCUAUUCAUUAUUAUGAAUAUUAUUAUCAUUGUUAUUAUUAUUGUGCUUUCACUUGGAAGCAAACAUUUGAGAUAGGAAUCUGUUUGUGGGCACGUGACUCAAUUUGUUUCACAGGAAGUAACAGUGGCAGAAAAAGCAUCUAAUGUAAAACAGACAGCCAAACUCUGGGUUAUUCCAAACAACCACAUAGCUUUACCUAAAAGUCUAUUUAGCUUGAUAGUAACCACAAAUUGCCAUAAACAACAAAUAACGAAUAGCAUCAGUGUCGCAGUGUUAUAGCACUUUAUGAAAUGGAUAUUUUAAUGCAAAGAGUGGCGCAACACAUGUAGACAGACAAUAAAAUAAUUCUGGCAGUCUUAUAUUAGUCUUUAUUAUUUGCAUAAAAUGAAUUGUAUAACUGCAACUUACUGUCAUUUAUCUGUGUGGGUGUUCUACAGCCCCUUGGUGGCCAAGGUGCGCAUAUUAGAAGGGGCAGCAUAAUUUCCAUUUCAUUGAAGCAAAACAAAUGUUGCAAAAACUGUUUGAUUCUUUAGAUUCUAUUUAAUUAUAUCCUGAAUAUAGGUUUUUAUAAAGUACAGUUUUAGAUUUUUCUUGUUUAAAAUAAAAAUUGAUUUAAAUAGAAAUCCUUUUGUGAUUGGGGGAACUGGAACCAAUUAAUGGCAUUGCUGUUUAUUUAAAGGGGAAUGAUGAGUUGAGAUGUGUUUUGAGUUAAGAGGAUAGUCACAGCAUGAAUUAAACUUGUUUCUCAAGGCACCAGUGUAUUUUUAAAUGGUUGUCUUGAUUUUUCUUGACUUCUGAUUUCAAAUUCAUUUUCAGCAUCAUAGCGCUUAUUACUCCUGGGUGGCUCGAAAAAUGGAAUCCAUUUCAAAAUGUGAAUCGGGUCUUGACCUGCUUUCCAUGGUACCAUGUUGCUUUUUGUGCAAACAAGUCACGCCUGCGUUCUACCAGAAUACCCAAAACUGGCUUACCCUGCUAUCUAGAUUUGUGCAACAGCGUACAUACUGUGUGGU